CUUCGAGUAAUUCGAUAUCUCGAGCAGCUUCAAUCCCUUGGUCACCCUCCCCCACGGUCCUACGUCUCUCCCUGUUCCCGUUCCGUUCGUCCUCACCUUCCGUCCAUCAUGUCCGUUUCCGCCCAGGCCGCAGCUCGCUGCUGCAGACAGAUCGUCCGCCCUACCGCUUCUCUGCGCCUUGCUCCCACGACAUACCUGUCCCAGCGCACACUCAGCCGGAGAUGGCAAUCCACUGAGGCGGAGGCUGCUGCUGCUCCUGCCAACCCCAAGAUCACCCAGAUUGUCGACCAGAUCAGCCAAUUGACCCUGCUUGAGACCGCCGACCUCGUGUCCACCCUGAAGACCCGCCUGAACAUCCCCGACCUGCCCGUUGGCGGUUUCGCCGUGGGCGCUGCUCCCGCCGCUCCCGCCGCUGCUGAGGAAGAGGAGGCUGCUCCCGCCCAGCAGGAGAAGACCCUUUUCAACCUGAAGCUCGAGUCCGUUGACGCCUCCUCCAAGGCUAAGGUCAUUAAGGAGAUCAAGACCCUCCUCGGCCUGUCCCUGGUCGACAGCAAGAAGUUCGUCGAGUCCGUUCCCAAGGUCCUGAAGGAGUCUGUGCCCAAGGAGGAGGCCGAGAAGAUCGUGGAGACCCUCAAGGCCGUGGGCGCCAAGGCCACUAUGGACUAAACUGGGACUUCUAUACUACUCUCUGCUUUCGGGGACUUUUUUUAAUGCUACCGGGUCACCCUAAGCUUUCAUCUUCCCACCUCCUCCUUCGUUCUAAGCGGAUGAGCGAAGGGGGAAAGGGAAGAGGGAGAGGCUACCUGGAUGGUCUGGACGUUGUGAUUGGACUGCAUCUCAUCAUGCUGGAGUUUUGUCUCGCACCAC